AAAAGGGUGGGGCGCAAACCACUACUAUAAGGAACCACACACAGUCCCACUGAGAGUACUCGCAACAGAAGAGAAGAGGUGGAAAUACCAACACAAAUGUUGAUAUUUCAAAUUGCGACCAUGCUAUCCGCAGGGGCGUGCGUCCUUGCCCAGGUAGGCAUACCCGAGUUCAGCGAUGUAUGCACUGAGGGGAGCUGCUACCCGGCUACGGGAGACCUUCUCAUUGGCAGAGCCCACCAACUCUCCACCAACUCCACAUGCGGCCUUCACCGGCCCGAACAGUUCUGUAUCGUCAGUCAUUUACAGGAUGAGAAGAAAUGCUUUUUGUGUGACUCCACCGACGUCUACGUCAAAAGCAUGGUGGACACCACCACCGGCCACCGGGUGGAGAACGUCGUGACCACAUUCGCCCCCAACCGCUUGAAAACCUGGUGGCAGUCAGAGAAUGGUCUUGAGAAAGUGACCAUCCAGCUGAACUUGGAGGCGGAGUUUCAUUUCACCCACCUCAUCAUGACCUUCAAGACCUUCCGGCCUGCUGCAAUGGUGAUCGAGCGCUCGGCUGACUUUGGGAAGAACUGGCAGGUGUACCGCUACUUUGCAUACGACUGUGAGGCGGCAUUCCCUGCGAUAUCCCCAGGGCCCAUGCAGAAAGUGGAUGACAUCAUCUGCGAUUCACAUUACUCCGACAUCGAACCAUCGACAGAGGGAGAGGUCAUCUUCCGAGUUUUGGAUCCAGCUUUCCGUAUUGAAGAUCCCUACAGCCCCAGAAUCCAAAACAUGUUGAAGAUCACCAACCUGAGGGUGAAGUUCACCAAGCUGCACACCCUGGGAGACAACCUGCUGGACUCCCGCAUGGAGAUCAAGGAGAAGUACUACUACGCUGUCUACGACAUGGUGGUCCGGGGUAACUGCUUCUGCUACGGACACGCCUCCGAGUGCGCCCCCGUCGACGGGGCUGGGGAUGGAGUGGAGGGCAUGGUCCAUGGCCACUGUAUGUGCAACCACAACACCAUGGGGCUAAACUGUGAGAAGUGUCAGGACUUCUACCACGACCUGCCCUGGAGACCAGCCAAGGGACGCAACACCAAUGCCUGUAAAAAGUGUAACUGUAACCAGCACUCAGGCUUGUGUCACUUCGACAUGGCAGUGUAUGUAUCUACGGGUAACGUGAGCGGCGGUGUGUGUGACGAGUGCCAGCACAACACCAUGGGUUACAACUGUGAACAGUGCAAGCCUUUCUACUACCAACACCCAGAGAGGGACAUCCGUGACCCUAGCAUCUGUGAACCAUGUAAUUGUGAUCCGGUGGGCUCUCUGAACGGCGGGAUCUGUGACAGGAUGACUGAUGUGUCGUCUGGACUGAUUGCUGGCCAGUGUCGCUGCAAGCCCAAUGUGGAGGGAGAGUACUGUGACCAGUGCAAACAGGCCCACUAUGGCCUGGGUGACCACCCUCUGGGCUGCCUGGCCUGCACCUGUAAUGCCCUGGGGACAGUUCCUGGAGGGAGUCCGUGUGAUACAGACUCAGGGGACUGUUUCUGCAAACGCCUGGUCACAGGGAGAAACUGUGACCAGUGUAUGCCUCAGCACUGGGGGCUCAGCAAUGACAUGGAUGGCUGCAGACCAUGUGAUUGUGACCUGGGUGGAGCCCUCAAUAACGACUGUUCUCAGGAGACUGGCCAGUGUGUGUGUAGAGAACACAUGUUUGGCCGGCGCUGUGACCAGGUGGAGUCAGGCUUCUACUUCAUCGCCCUGGACCACUACACCUACGAGGCCGAGGACGCCAAGUUUGGACCUGGUGUGACAGUAGUGCAGAGACCUCACCCUCAGGACCGUAGCCCCACCUGGACAGGGAUAGGUUUUGUCAACGUUCCCGAGGGGGCCUACAUGGAGUUCUCCAUUGACAACAUCCCCCACUCCAUGGAGUACGACAUCCUCAUCCGUUACGAGCCUCAGUUACCAGACCAGUGGGAGGAGGUGUUGAUGACGGUGAUGCGGCCCAGUUUGAUUUCAGCAGACAGUCGCUGUGCCAACACCAUGCCUGACGACGACAACCAGAUGAUAUCCCUCCACCCCGGAUCACGAUAUGUGGUGCUCCCCAGACCAGUGUGUUUCGAGGCAGGGAUGAACUACACUGUUCGUCUGAGCCUGCCCCUCUACUCUGCACUCAGCGACGUCCAGUCCCCAUAUACACUCAUCGACUCGAUUGUGCUGAUGCCCCACUGUAAGAACCUGGAGAUCUUCACUGGUUCUGAGGGAGGUGACGUGGCCACCAACAGUGCCUGGGACACCUUCCAGCGCUACCGCUGUCUGGAGAACAGCCAGAGCGUAGUGAAGACCCCCUCCACAGACAUCUGUCAUAACUUCAUCUUCAGCGUAUCUGCUCUGCUGCACCAGGGAGCUAAAGCAUGCCAGUGUGACCCGCAGGGCGCCCUCAGCACGGUGUGUGACGCCAGUGGCGGGCAGUGCCAGUGUCGCCCCAACGUGGUGGGCAGGAACUGUGACAAGUGUGCCCCUGCCACGUACCUGUUUGGACCCAGCGGCUGCAGACCCUGUGAUUGCAGUCCCCAGGGAUCGGAGGAUGCGUUCUGCCACGAGGCCACAGGCCAGUGUGUGUGUAUCCCCGGGGCGUACAGCCGUCAGUGUGACCGCUGUCUGCCGGGUCACUGGGGCUUCCCCAACUGUCGCCUCUGCACCUGCAACGGCCACACAGAGCAGUGCGACCCCUACUCCGGAAAGUGCCUGGGUUGCCGAGAACAGACCACCGGACACAACUGCGAGAGGUGUCUGGAUGGUUACUACGGCGACCCCAUCCUGGGUUCAGGCGACCAUUGUCGGCCCUGUAUGUGUCCGGAUGGGCCCGGCAGCGGGCGACAGUUUGCCGGCGGAUGUUACCGCGGUCUGGACUCCCACUACCAGGUGUUCUGUAUCUGCAGCCCCGGGUACAGAGGUGCCAGAUGUGAGGAGUGUGCUCCAGGUUACUAUGGAAACCCCCAUGAGAACAGCGGGCAGUGCCAACCCUGCCAGUGCAACAACAACAUUGACAUGCUGGAUCAGGAGUCCUGUGAUGCCAGAACGGGUGAAUGUCUCAAAUGUCUCUAUCACACUGAGGGUCAAGGCUGCCACAGCUGCAAGCUGGGUUACUAUGGAGAUGCCCUCACACAAAACUGCAGAAAGUGUAUGUGUAACCACCUGGGCACCAACCCAGCCACGUGCCCGUCAGUGGGUGACUGCCACUGUGAUCUCGGCAGCGGUCAGUGCCAGUGUCUACCGAAUGUGGUGGGUCAGCACUGUGACCAGUGUGCCCCUGAAACCUGGAACAUGGCCAGCGAGACGGGCUGCGACGUCUGCGACUGUGACCCCAACCACUCAUUUGGGACGUCCUGCAAUGAGCUGAGUGGCCAGUGCUCCUGUAAGCCUGGCUUUGGUGGUAAAACGUGUCGGGAGUGCAGAGAGCUGUUCUGGGGAGACCCUGAAGUCAAAUGCAACGCAUGUGACUGUGACCCACGAGGCAUCGCUGAGCAACAGUGCAACAAGGCCAACGGUCACUGCGUGUGCGUGGAGGGCGUGUCUGGUCCCCGCUGUGACGUCUGCACCCGCGGCUACUCUGGCACCUUCCCCUACUGCGAACGCUGCCACCAGUGCUUCGCCGACUGGGACGUGGUCGUGGGUCAGCUGACCAACCAGACCCACAGGCUGGUCAACAAGGUGAACACCAUCAAGGCCAGCGGCAUCACCGGACCCUACAAACACACCAUAGAUAACAUGGAGCAGAGCGCCGGGGCCAUAAGAACUAUCCUGGCCCAGAACCCGGCUACAGAGCCACUGUCAGAAAUACAGCAGCUACUGGAGCAGGCCACAGAUCUAAUGGAAGAGAUGAGCAACAAGCUGAACCUCACUGAGGAGGCGCUGGCCCAGGUAUCAUCUGAUGACAACAGCACCAACACCAAACUGGACUCUCUCAAAGAGGACGCCCAGAAGCUAGAUCGCACCGUCAAGGAGCUGCUGGACCAAGUGGAGUUCAUCAAGAACACUGACGUUCGGGGAGCGACAGACAGUGUCACCAAGUACUACCAGCAGUCUCUGGCUGCAGAUGCUCGCGCCAACGCCUCCACCAGUGGCCCAGGCAACCCUGUGGAGAGCUCCGCCAUUUUACGGCAAGCCACAGAGGACAAGAUGAACGACACCAGGGAGGAGUUCCACAGGAGGCAGGGAAAACACGCCAAGAGACUGGAUGACCUGGCAGGGCAGCUGGAGACACUGGACCUAUCAGAACUCAGCGAGAAGACGUGUGGUAGCCCAGCUGAUGAGGCAUGUGUGGACUCUCCGUGCGGGGGGCUGAGCUGUGUGGAUUCCGAGGGGAACAGGAGGUGCGGUGGCGAGGGGUGCGAUGGUCUGGUCACCCUGGCCAACAACGCCUGGCAGAAGGCCAAGGACUUUGACCAAGAGAUCCUCACGGCCAUGGAGGAAGUGGACAAGCUCGCCAAGAUGGUGUCGGAAGCCAAGGUGAAGGCGGAUGAGGCUAAGCUGAGUGCCCAGAACGUGCUGCUGAAGACCAAUGGUACCAAGCAGCGUGUGGACCAGAGCAACGAGGAGCUGCGCAGCCUCAUCCGACAGAUCAGAGACUUCCUCACACAGGAUGCAGCGGACCUGGCGAGCAUUGAGGCAGUGGCCAACGAGGUGCUGGCCAUGCAGAUGCCCACCACGCCAGCCCAGCUCCAAAACCUGACAGACGAGAUCAGGGAGAGAGUGGAAGACCUGUCCCACGUGGAGACCAUCCUUAACCAGAGCUCCGACGACAUCCAGAGAGCCGAUAGCCUACUGGAGCAGGCACGCAGAGCCAGUAAAGAGGCGACCGAUGUGAGGGACACAGCAGAGAUGGUGAAGCAGGUUCUGGAGGAGGCUGAGCGUGCCCAGAGCGCAGCGGUCAAGGCCAUCAAACAGGCCACCACCGACAUCAAAGGCACCAAUGACCUCCUGACCUCAGUGGAGUCGGAGACAGCGGACUCAGAGUACAAGCUGAACAACGCCACCCAGAGGCUGCUGUGGUUAGAGCGAGACGUCAUGCUGCUCAGAGAGAAGGCACUGAACACCUCACUCAGCUCUGAACAAACUGAGAAAGACGCAGAGAGAAUCAACAAAGUGGCUGAGCAGGUCAAAAAGGACCUAGACUCGGAGCUGAAGGAUAAGUAUAGCACCGUGGAAGACCUGAUCACGCAGAAGGCCGGGGGCGUGGCCAACGCCAAGAAGAGGGCGGAGCUUCUACAGCAGGAAGCCAAAGACCUGCUGCUACAGGCCAGCGACAAGCUGCAGCUACUGAAAGAUUUAGAAAAGUCAUAUGAUGACAACCAGAAGACUCUGGAAGACAAGGCCAACCAGUUGGUGGAUCUGGAGAAGUCAAUCAAAGAGCUGCUGCAGGAGAUCAGUCACAAAGUCACUGUCUACAGCACCUGUCUGUUUUAAA